CGCCCCGCGCGCGCGCGCCCGCUCCGCGCGCAGGCGCCGGCGCCGCCCGGCCCCGUCCCGGCGUGCCCCGCGCGGCGGGUAUGGCGGUGAGGGCGGCCUGAGGCGGCGGCGCUCCGCUCCCGCGACCCACCAUGCACAGCCUGGCCACGGCCGCGCCUGUGCCAACAGCACUGGCUCAGGUUGACCGUGAAAAGAUCUACCAAUGGAUCAAUGAGCUGUCGAGCCCCGAGACACGGGAGAAUGCACUGCUGGAGCUGAGCAAGAAGCGUGAGUCCGUGCCUGACCUCGCCCCAAUGCUGUGGCACUCGUUUGGCACCAUUGCAGCACUCCUUCAGGAAAUUGUAAAUAUUUAUCCAUCAAUCAAUCCUCCGACUUUGACAGCCCAUCAGUCCAACAGAGUCUGCAAUGCUUUAGCUCUACUACAGUGUGUUGCAUCACACCCUGAAACAAGAUCAGCUUUUCUGGCAGCUCAUAUUCCUCUCUUCCUGUACCCCUUCCUGCACACGGUCAGCAAGACCCGUCCGUUUGAGUACCUGCGGCUCACGAGCCUGGGAGUCAUUGGGGCCUUGGUGAAAACUGACGAGCAAGAAGUGAUAAAUUUCUUAUUGACAACAGAAAUUAUCCCGCUGUGCUUACGUAUUAUGGAGUCUGGCAGUGAGCUCUCCAAAACGGUUGCUACGUUUAUUCUUCAGAAAAUCCUCCUGGAUGACACAGGGCUGGCAUAUAUCUGUCAGACUUAUGAGCGGUUUUCCCACGUUGCCAUGAUACUGGGUAAAAUGGUCCUGCAGCUCUCCAAGGAGCCGUCGGCACGGCUGCUGAAGCACGUGGUCCGCUGCUACCUUCGCCUUUCCGAUAACCCCAGGGCACGUGAAGCUCUCAGGCAGUGCCUUCCUGACCAGCUGAAGGACACCACCUUCGCCCAGGUCCUGAAGGAUGACACCACCACAAAACGCUGGCUGGCUCAGCUCGUCAAGAACCUGCAAGAGGGUCAAGUCACUGACCCACGGGGCAUCCCUCUUCCUCCGCAAUGACUGCUGGGGGAGGUGGGGCACUGGGGAAGAAACAGCUCAGGUUUACAAAGAACCAGGAACAGGUGACCUCUUCUGCAACAAACUGGGCACGCCAGCUGGCUGCUGGCCUGUCGGACCAUCCCACCCAGCCAAAGGGCUGCUCUGUAGAGUGCAGCAAGCCUCCGGGGAUCCCAACACCAGCAAAUGCUGAUACUACAGCUUCAAAAAAAAAUCAAUAAAAACAAUCUGUGUAGAUCCCAGUCUCUCCGGGAGGCUUGGGUGGCAUCUAUUCCCCCACCUCCAGGCAGGGGGUAGUGCAGAUGUCCACUCUUCCAGCAAACUCAGCCUCUGCCCAAGUGGUGCACAACAGCGGGUAUGUGCACCACAUCCCUCCAGUUCUUGUCAGUUCUUGUUUACAUGUCUGUUUAGAUAAGUGAAUUGAAUAAAAGUUGAUGCAGUUGUUUUA